GUUCUUCGCACGAUCAUCGACUGCUCCUACUCUCUCACAUGCUCCUCCGGUUCCGGACGGCAUUCAUUACGAGCAUAGCAAUGUGGUCUUGGUUUACAAUUUUGCAGCAAUCUCGCGAGCGCAUGACGAAGUAGUGCAUGAAAGCCUCUUCUUGUGCUGUCAACUCUGAUAUCCUCGAUGGUCAAUUCUUGGACUUCAGGCGUCCAAGAAAUCAGCCAGCUGCAUAUUUCUCAAGUGAUCACGUCGAAUCAGAUCCAAAACUCUUUGUUUACCUUGCUGAAUCCCCCAUCCUUGUAGCGGAAGGUGGUAGCGUCACUUUCUCUAUAACGAGCAAGGUCGGGUUUGCGCUCGUACGCCACCAGACCCUCGCACCACUAAGUAGAAGCUUGCGUAGGGAACCAGAUGGUUUUCAGACUCAUGAAGCUCCUCGCUUCCAUCAACAAAGAAGUGGAACUUCUCAGCUCUUGGCUGCUGCCUCUUGUGCUCCUCGACAACCUACACUGCCUCUUCCAUCUUCUGGAUUGGCGAUUGCACGAAUUACAAAUCACUGUAUCCCAGAACCUCGUCAAACGGAAUAGAGUUGCUUAUCCAAGAAUAUGCAUGCGAUAAAUAAAUUUGACGGCUGUAACUUGGGAUCUCCGUGUUGUACCUAUGAGCAAAAACUUAGCUUCCUCCGUUCUAGUUAACAUUUGAAGAAACGAGUGAGCUUACUUGUCCCUGUAGAGAAGAUUGAGCUCCGCAGUGGUUCAUUAAUAAGAGUUCAGCCAAUCUUUCCUUGAUGCCAUCUGGUGGAAACUGCAAGCCACUGCUCUAAAAUCAACUUACUCACGCUCUUGGGACCGUAAAUGAGAUGGUGUACCAAAAAUCGCAGACAUACCUGCUCACAGUUGCUCUUAUGCCUGGAGGCGGCCUUAAACUCAGGCGGCCCAUUCCAACGUAUCUUUGUGGACUUGGUUCACUGGCAUAAUUGUAUCACUUCGUAAUCUCUCUUGAAACCGCCAAGGCGCAUUAGGGUUUUAGAAUUCUGGACAUGUCUUCUCUGGAUGCAUUGCUGGAAAGAGGAGUGUGGCUUCUGGAAACGCCUUGCAGCAGGAUUGACACUGUUGGGUUUGCUUUGAAAGGUUGUGAGUGCAGCUUUCAAGACUUGAGCAAGUUUGAUUUCUGCAAAAACGUGACAAGCAAGACGGAGAAGGAGCCGCACAAGUUCCGUGUGAUUCGAGACGACUUGCUGCACCCGACGCUCGGUGGAAACAAAAUCAGAAAGCUCGACGCUGUGGUCCCGUUCCUCAAGGACGAGGAAAUCACUGAUGUGGUACGCACUUCGCUGUUUUUUGUUCUUUCUUUUCUUUCUUUGAAGCGAUUUCAAUGUCUGUCAGGUGACUUGUGGAGGCUGUCAAAGUGCUCAUGCUGCUGCUGUAGCUCAGCUGUGGCGUGUGCUGAGCAUGGGAUGUCGGCUCAUUUGCUGCUACGAGGUGAAAAAAUUGAAGUCACGACUGGAUAUAACUUGAUAUCGGAGGUUUAUGGAAACGUGGUGUAUGUUCCAAGAACCGAGUAUGCCGAUCGACAAAAAAUGUUAAGCUCGCAUAUGGAACGUGUUGCUUGUCCUGAAGAACCAGUUCUUUGGUUGAAUGGCAACUCUAUCACCAGAGAAACAAUCACUCCUUCAGAAAGCUCUAAAUUGCUUGAACCCGGAAGAGGAAGAAGAAAAUGGGCCGUGCUUGGAGAAGGUGGUGCGAGUGGUCUAGCACUUCUCGGCUUUAUAAGACUUGUAAGAUGGCUAAGCGAAAAUGAAGUCUUCGAACGAGAUGACAAGAUCAAAAUCGUGGUCGAUUCUGGCACUGGAACAUCCGCCAUUGGCCUGGCUCUAGGAAUCGCGUUGCUCGGCCUUCACCAGUGGGAGAUUGUUGGUGUAAUGCUCUCCGGUUCUCGCGAGUACUACGAGAGACAAACGAAGAACCUUGUCACUGGUUUUCUUCAGCAGUUUCGCUGCGAUCAGUCGGCAGAGGCUUUGAGCUUAAAUCUUGUUUGGGAGGAGAGGAAACGAGUACGCAGGUUUGGAAAGAUUUAUGGAGGGGAGAUCGGUGCUUGCAAGAGUAUAGCCCGACAAACUGGCAUUUUGCUAGACCCGAUUUACACACUCGCUGCGUGGGAAGUCGCGAUAGAGUUGUCUUGGAACGAAACAGCAGACAAAGUCGCUAUUCUUCACACUGGUGGGGCACUGGGCCUCUUUGGCCUGGCACAGACAAAUCCGCAGGAAUUCUCUCAAACUCGUGAAUACGCUCCUCCGAAGCAGCUUUCUCUCGCAAGGCACACUAAAUCUGGCCGAAGUUGACAAUUCGAAGGAUCUCCGGAUCAUAGAAGGAGGGCGUGGGAAAGUGGCAAGAAACUAAUGGGAAAAAGUUGCGGCUGUGGGGACAUCUUUAACAGCAGCUCCAUUCUCCAUGAACAAGACCCCGGUUCCAACUGCAAGUCAAGACCAGUAACAGCUUCCGGCCCGAGCUUGGAGGGCUGGAAUGAACCCAAGCAAGACAAACCAAAGAAAGCAGCAAAAAUAUCCCACCAGUUUCAAGGUU